AUGGCUUUUCAACCUAUUGUCGAACAAAUUGAAACAAUAACUUUGGAAGAAGUUGCAAGUUCUGAAGAUACAGUUUAUUAUGACACAGAUGCUUUGUCACAAAGAUUGACGAGAGAAUUUGGAGAACGUGAUAGAAGAAUCCGUUCUCUUGAAAGAACAAAUGAAACCUUUAUUAGUUUUAAAAAAACUAAUUUUCGAGAAAUUGAAACAAACUUUAGAAUAGAUACGUAUAAUGAGAAUGUUGAUAGAGCAGUUGAAAAUGUAUAUAAAAUUGCAGAUGAACUGCUGGCGACUAAGAUUAAGAAACGUGAAUUGUAA